CCGCUGUGUAUUACAGGAAGUGAGGGAUGUGUCAAGUUAAACAAUUACGUAUUUAGAGGCAAAUAUAUAUUCAGUUAUGUGUAUCAUAGGAUUUAUUAUUUAAACAAAUAAAUUGCCAACAAGACAAGACAUUCAUAACCUGUGCCGUCACCGGAAGUUCAAUUUUUGAUGUAACGAAACUAUAGAAAACACUUCAAUCGUGGUAAUGGUUUGACAUGAUGAAGACCUUGCUCAUCAUCCUACUUGGCUGUAUUACGUCAGUAAAUGCAGACUGGGAUGCCUGUUCAUCAAGAUUGUGCCAGUGUGACAGAUAUGUGGCAAAGUGCGACGACCUAAACCUGACAUAUAUACCAACAUUUCCACAAAGAAUUCAAACAGUUUUGUUCAGAAAUAACCACUUACCCCACAUAAACGCGACCACGUUUACCAACUUAACUGGUCUUUACUUGUUGAAUUUAUAUAUUAUAUUUAAUGGCAUUAAGAAGAUAGAUAAUGACUCUUUUACAAAUCUCUCGCCACUAGAGGGAUUAGACUUAUCAGGGAAUAUAUUCACGACAAGGUCACUUUUUGAUUUUAUCCAUAUUGUUAGCACGACAAAAGUUAAAAAGAUAAUUCUUCGUUACAUUGGAUUAACAAAUAUCCCAAACGAUCUUUUCACCGGUUAUAGAACUUUUCCUGUUAAAAAGCUCGAUUUUUCUCGAAACCAAAUACAGAUUUUCAACUACUCUAUUUUUAAACCUAUUACACAAUUACAGCUAUUAGAUGUACGAGAGAAUCGGAUAGCGAAGGUUAUUUUAGAUGUUGGUUUGAAUCUGGAAUAUCUAUCACUCAGUAACAACAACUUAAGGGAUUUACCCGAUUUAUGCCGAGAGAUGCGUUAUUUUCCCAAAUUAAAUACCCUGCAACUCCAAAACAACAGUAUUAACACUUUCAUACCAGAUAAUCUGAAUUGCAUACGUCGCUUGAUGCGCCUUGAUCUGUCUUUGAAUGGUUUGGAUGCAAUCAAAACUGGUGAUUUCCACGCUUUCCAAUCUUUGAAUUUGUUAUAUGUUUCCAGUCAAAGAAACCCUAAGUCACCAUUAGUUAUUGAGGAUCGAGCUUUCAAUAAUAGUAAUCUUUUUGCCAUCUAUUUGCAUAAAAAUUUAUUGUUAUCGACACGUAUUCACAAAAAUGCCUUUCUGGGUUGCACCCAUCUAAAAAAACUUGACAUAUCGGAGAAUUUCUUUUCUGAUAAUUUAGAGAAAUUAAUUAGGCAAUCUCUCCAUUAACAUCUCUAACACAAUUACUUUUGUAUAAAAGUGAUCUGCAUUCCAUGCCAGAUGUUAUUGGAGAAAAACUUCAUAAACUGAUAUAUCUGGAAAUGGGUGCCAACAAAAUAAAGACGUGGUCACACAAUUUCUUCAUCAACAAUAAACAUUUAACCAAUUUCACUUUAAACGACAACUCUAUCGAAACAGUCACGCCUGGAAUGUUUCCCGAAAUGUUUCGAAACACUCUUCAAUCUAUUGAUAUUAGUGACAAUCCAUUUCUUUGCAAUUGUGACUUAGUUUGGUUUGUGCAGUGGAUGACAUACGAUAAGCAGAAGUUCCAGGGUUUCCCUGAAGGUUAUAGAUGUAUUGAUAUUAC